CAUUAUUGAUCUCUCUGUUUAUUGCUUUGAUCUCUCUGUCUACAACAAGUACUGAUGAGAUUUCUUAAUUAGUUGAUUCGGAUUUCGAUUCCUAACCGAUGUGCUUCAAAGAUGUUAUUUUAGAUCGCUUCAUUGAUAUUGAAACAAAGUCUUUGAUUAGCUAAUCACCGAUUGCCUCAAGAAUUUGAUAGGCUGAGAAAUCAAAGAGAUGGCAGGACACAGGGUUGCACAUGCCACACUUAAAGGGCCUAGCGUUGUGAAGGAGUUAAUCAUCGGUAUGGCACUCGGUUUAGCUGCUGGUGGUCUUUGGAAGAUGCACCAUUGGAAUGAACAGAGGAAAACCAGAGCCUUCUACGACUUGCUUGAGAGAGGUGAGAUCAGUGUUAUUGCCGCCGAAGAGUAAUAAAAGCUCUGCUCACAGACUCAUUCUUCAAAGACUGAUGGAUGAUUUCGAAUUCUAUUUUUUUUGUUUCUGUUUAUAAUAACUCUGAGAUGAGUUUGGAUUUUGUGAGAAAUAAACAAAUCUGAGAAUGAGAUUUGGUAGAUCAUAAACUGAUUUUAGUGUGAUGGUCGAUUCAGACAAGCUUCCUUG